AUGGCCUCAGCCCCACCAUCCAUCGAGGUGGAAAAAGAAGCCACAUGCCCCAUCUGCCUGGAGUGGCUGACAGGCCCCAUGGUCCUGGACUGUGGCCACAGCUUCUGCCAGGGCUGCAUCACCAACUACUGUGAGAAAUGGGAAACACUGGGGUCUUUGAAGUGUCCUGUCUGCAAAGUCAAGAUCCAGAAAGGAAAUUUCCAUCCAAACUGGCAGCUGGCAAACCUAGUUGAAAAGAUAGAGUUCCUGCUACUAAGUCCUGGAAAAGAAGGUCAUUGUUUGACACACAAGAAAAAACUCCACCUCUUCUGCAAAGAGGAUGAACAAUUGGUGUGUUCUGUUUGUGAAAAGUCCCCGGAACACAAAGGACACACAACUCUCCCCCUGGAAGAAGCUGCUAAGCAACACAAGGAUCAGAUCCACAGAUGCCUGGAGACUGUGAAGAAUGAGAGAAAGAACGUUCUGGCCUAUAAAUCAGAUGCUGAAAAGGAAAGCCAAGACCUGCUUAAGCAAACUGAAUUGGAAAGGGAAAAUACAGCACUGCUGUUUAGACAAUUACACCAGUUUCUAGCAGAUCAAGAGAAACUUCUGCUAUUCCAGUUGGAGGAGACAGGAAAGGACAUCGCAAGAGCAAGGGAUGAGCAUCUAGCCAGACUCUCCGAGGAGCUCUCCUCUCUUGAAAGUCUCAUCCAGGAGAUGGAAGAGAAGCACCAGCAGCCAGAUAUUGACAUUCUGCAGGAUGUCAGAAGCACUUUCCAGAGGUAUCAGAAGAAGGAGACAUUUGUGAAUCCGGUGGCUUUCCCUCCUGGGCUGAAAUGGAGGGUCCGGGGUUGCUGUGAGAUCAAUCACUUGCUGGAGAGUGUCAUAAAGAGAUUCCAAGCAAAUGUGACUCUGGGUCCGACCACAGCUGAUUCCAAAGUCAUCCUGUCUGAGGAUCGGAGAAGCAUUCAGUGCCACAGUAAAGCUCAAGACCGGCCUGAAGAUCCUGAGAACGUUUACUAUUAUUCCUAUGUGCUGGGCCAUGAGGGCUUCACAGCAGGCUGCCAUUUCUGGGAAGUCCAUGUGGGAAGUGAGGAAGGCUGGGCUGUGGGGGUGGCCAGAAAGCCUGUGAAGGGCAGGAUCACCUUUACCCCUGAGGAAGGGAUCUGGACUGUGGGGUGGGAUAAGGGCCGGUACAAGGCUUUCAGAAGGGGCAUUAACCCUUCCAUGACCCCGUGUGGGGAGCUGAAGAGGAUCCGAGUCUCUCUCAACUACGAGGGAGGGCAGGUGGCCUUUUUUGACGCUGACAGAGCAGCCCUUCUCUACAGGUUCUCUGGCGGCUGCUUCUCUGGAGAGACCCUCACUCCCUUCUUUGCUGUGUAUGAUAAAGGCUACCUCAGACUCUGUCCUUAA